ACUCAUUCCGAUAUUCUACUUCCUGUCCUUCUCGUCAGGGAUCCAUUCCAGGCUCACAAUGAGCGCAUGCGUCAGAUGAUGCGGAGCUUCUCGGAUCCCUUCGGCCGAGACUUCGCCCCCAGUGUGAUGGACAGGCGGGACCGGGGCCAUGGUAACCAGGGGCAACCAGGCUCCAGUUUAGCACUAAGGGAUGGACAUAGAGGGAUGAGUCAGUCUCUUUCUCCCUUCGGCAGUGGUGACAGCACGGACAUGGAGGUGAGGAAUCCCUUCAACAUGUUUGACAGCAUGAUGGUGGGAAUGAGGAGCAGGAUGGAGGACAUGCACCGAAACUUUGAGAACCUGUCGACAGACUCCAACAGUCACUCGUUCAGCUCCUCGUCAGUGAUGACCUACUCCAAGGUUGGGGAUGAAGCCCCCAAGGUGUUCCAGGCCUCCUCACAGACACGCCGCGCACCAGGAGGGAUCAAGGAGACGAGGCAAGCUGUGCGGGACUCGGAGAGCGGCCUAGAGAAGAUGUCCAUCGGCCACCACAUCCAGGACCGAGGUCACGUGAUGGAGAAGAAACACAACAAGAAGACUGGGGAGAAAGAGCUCAACCAGGACUUUGAGAACCUGGACGAAUCUGAGGCUCAGUCCUUCGAUGAGGAGUGGCAGAGGGAGGUGUCCAAGUUCAGACCUUCUGCCCCCAUGUCGUCUCUGGAAGCCCCCAGGCCCCCCCGGGUCGUCCAGCGUGCCGCCCUCACCGGCCCCCAGCAGGGCCACAGGAACAAGCCUGCCACAGAAGGCAAGCAACAAUCGCACUUCGAUAACCUCAAUGUGACAGGAACUGGGGUGCCCAAGCAGUAGGCGUGUAUGUAUGUGUGUUUAUGUGUGUAUGCUAAUAAAGCUCUCUUCAACAGCUACACACUGGUGCUUCACAUGCAGUACAUGCUCCUCUCUCUACAUGUAUGUUCCUCAGGGACAUACAUGUUAGUCCACACACGUGUCUCCCUCAUCACAGUGUAGCAACCUAAUCACAGGAAUGUUGACAUUAAGCUAAAAGAAAAUGCAGAAAUGAUUUAUUUCCUUAAAAAAUGUGGGUAAAAUAGUGUUUAGAAUCACAUUUGGCCACCUUUGUUUUAUAGCUGUGUCGUCCUGCCAAAGGGGUGGGAUUUGUAACUAAUUUGUGACUAAUUUUGAUUGGUUCCUCAAUGCCAGUCAAGCUUACUUAAGCAUAGCUAAACCUACUGAAGUGUUAGUGAAAUGCAGUAGCACACACCAGGAAACGCAUAAGCUAUCAAGUUCAAAUGAUCUCAAAAGUUAUUUCAAAACAGUACAAGGACACAAACUUCUGAUAGAAACAGAAGUUUCAAAGCACUGGUAUGGUAUAACUAGAUUUUCGCAACUGUAAAGUAUCAAUUAGGCAUACAUUUCGAAGGUCAUGAAUACAAAGUCGCAAUCUGCCUCUGCUUGUUCUCCAUUGGUCAUAAAUGCACCAAAAGGACACUAAGGUAUAUUAAUGCAUUUACAUGGCUGAGCUCUGUAAGUGCACUUAGACAUCCUGUCUGUAUGUAAUUAUAUUUGGAAGUUUAGUAGUGGGCACUGUUCUAUAAAAUGUAAUGUAUCUGCUGUAAUCUUUGUAAAAAAAAAAAGAAGAUGAUUAUACCCUUUUUAUAUUGUUACUUUUUGCAAACGUUUUCUGUUUUGCAUUCAGUUGUCUACUCUGUUCCGGUCAAGAUGAAAAUGUCUUGAGUGCUAUUCUAAAAGAGUCUCUUGGAAUCUUUACAGAUUGUAUUUUGGUCUUUGGUUCAUUGGUUUCAAAUGAAAAUAAAUGUCUUUAAAGAGUC